AUGUCGUCGGAAUCAAACGCAAACGAUCCAUUGGCGCAGGCCAGCACAUCCUCUUCUGCUCCUAACGGCAAUGCCACGUCCAGCCUCGAAUUCACCGAAUCCGACUCCAAUGAUCCAGCCUCGGCCCUUCAACGACCGCGGUCGCCCUCCAAGAGCGCUUUCCAGUGGCCCUCGGAACCACUCAACAACGGCCGCCCAUCCCUGCCUCAGGACUCGCAACAGAGUGUGGACGACGCCAACCGUGACAUCUCCCAACGUAUCACCGACGCUGGUCACGAUGCCACCUCUGGGCAUUCCAAGCCCUACCCCGGCCUCGAUCGUCCAAGACGGUCCGCGCAACUGACCGCCAACCUCGACAGCAUCGAGGAUGAUCGCAGACAACAGCUCUCCCCCACCAGCACUUCUUUCGACCCCACAUCCGCCUCUUCCUUGCCCGUACUCAGUCCUCAGGUCCAGAACAUGGACCGUACAUCCUCCCACGGCACGAACGGAUCGGCGGCUUCUGACGGACCUGAUGCCCCUUCCUCGAAGCCGCACUAUCCCAACUAUCUUCCUGACAUGCUUCGGAACGCUGCCACAAUACCCAUCGAUCUUUUGCGCUCCCUGGUCCCUGACAACGCGUUCCCAUCCAACACUGACGAGGGUCUCAGUGCUAGCACUCUGCAGGUUCCCGUCACCAGCUUCAAUGCUCUUUUCGAAGCUUGCAAACUUUUCGAAUGGCUCGCAAAUCAGGCAUCUCAGCUCGAGACACUAGACAGGGGUCAUGGCUCUCGUCGCCCUUCGACUACCCAACAGCAGUCCGACGACGGUGUCGACUUCACCUACUUCGACUAUCUCGAGACACUCCAGAAGGUCGCAGACGUUGUCAGCGGUCUAGCCGCAGCCAGAGGCAUCGAUCUUGUCCUGGACUUGGAACCACAGCUACACGGCGAACCAGCGGACAAUCAGCGUCACUAUAAGCUUGGCUCGUGCACAGUCUGGGCAGACCGCAUCGCGCUUACGUUCCUUUUCAUGAGCUGCAUCUCUCGCUUGCUGCGCAACUCGCCCGUUCGAUCCACUGUCGUGGUGACGACCACCUUGACUCCCCAAGAGGAGAAUGUCGUACGUCCCGAUAGCGGUUCGGAGAUGAAGCUCGUGAUCCUCUCUCUCGGUCUUCGCCUCGUCCUCCCGCGUACUGUUGCAGCAACUCAGGAACUCAUGUCGUCAAUUUCUGGCACACCAGCUUCACUUCUCCUCGAUGCAUUCGGCGCAGGACUCACAACAGAACAAUCCGUUAGUCAGCUUCCGGGCGGUCCAGACCGAGCCGUCAUUGAUCAUUCCAUCACCAUUCCGGUGGGUCAGCUCGCCGAGCCUCAAGAGCUGGAGUCAACGCAGCACCAGGGCAGCGACUCGAAACAUCGCAUUGGCCCAGAUCAAGACGAGCUUGCCGACUUCGCCUCGACCUUGCAGGGCAAGAGGGUGGCACUCUACUCGACAUCCCGAAGCUUCUUCGCUCGUCAAGUGGCCACAUUUCUUUCGGGUGUCGGCUGCGAUGUCGCUCCCGUCUUUACUGACAAUGUGGACGAGUCAUCCUUCGACGGUAGCGACCGAAUCUUUGGCAAGCACACACACACCGCAGUCGCUUUAACUUCGGGAAGACCCACUCUGGUCAGCUACACAAGCGACAUAGACAGACAGGUUCAUCCGGCUUCGUCUCCUCCCUCUUCCGACACUACAGCACCCACGGAGCAGAGCAAACAAGACACGAUGCAGCCAUCAAGCGCAGUCGACACGGCUGUGUUGGAUCCUGUCACAGGAGUGCCCGUCACUUUCGACAAUUCUGACCAUGUGCCACCGACCGUCGACCAGAUUGCUUCACCACAGGCCGGGGCCGACGACAAAAUGCUGUCACCCGAGACGCAAAUCGACUCGACUGGACGAAAAGUGGUGCCCUUCAGCUUCGUCAUCAUCGAUGACGACAUUGUCACUUUGCAGAAGGAGCUGCUUCGCAUCCGAUCAGCCGUGCCGAUCCUCAAAUCGGCUCUCGCUUCCAAAGCCUCGCCUCACAACCCUCCGGCCAAUGAACGCAGGCUGCCACGUCCCACGCUCGAUCACAGGACCAAAUCGAGUCCUCAAGUCAAUCGUAUCAUGGCGUCCCAGCUCGGCAACGCCUCCACGCGCUCUUUUGGCUCACUUGGGACAGAAUUGAUGAACGGAGAGAACGGCAACAAGAACGUCGAUUCCAUGGACGAGUCUGUGUCACAGACCAUCAUCUUCUUCACCUCGAUGAAGUCGUAUCGUCUUGUGCGGGACACCGUACAGCCGAUCAUUGAUUCUGCCAGCUUUCGUGGCGUGGCAUCGCCGCCCGAGAUCAUGGUCCUGCCUAAGCCAGCGGGGCCCAGGAGGAUCUUGACCGCAUUGCAUGUGGCGCAACACAAGCCGCUUGUGCGAUUGCCCUUCCUGCCGAUUGCGACCUCUCCUCUGUCGCCCCUCAUCACGCAUUCAAAGACCUGGUGGAGCUCCGACUCAUCACAGCAGCAAGACGGACAAGGAUUCAUGACCUUGACGCGGCGAGAGACCGACUCGACGUUCGCAGAGGAGGACACCACACCCUCCACACCCUGGAGCCCGAUCGAGGCUGCGCAUGCUCCCGAAGGCAUUUCUACUCCCGAGAUCCCUUUGACGAAGGAAAACCUACCGCUGGCCGCCGCACCGGCAGCCAAAGGAGCUAGCAUCCGUACCGUGACCCAACCCACAGGUGCCGACGACGCCGCGUCCAGCGCUGCAAUGACGACCAAGUCUGCGCCCCGGUCAUCCAUCUCACGACAGACGGGCAACAACACCAACGCAGACGCCACACCAGCCCCCGCUCCCAUCCCUGCGGAUGCAAGUGUGGCACCCAAGACCAACAGUGGUGGCUCGGGCGCGCCCAGCACCACUUCGCCUCUGUCAUCUUCACAGCUUGCUCGCUCGCAAGCGGUCAGCAGCCCCAUGCCCGCGGACGCUCUCGAGUACUUUAGCGAGACUGCAGCAAAGAUGGGCGGAAGUGCUGCGAGCGGAAUGGUCAUCCAGAGCCCGGACGGACGUCCUGCGGGCAUAUUCUUCCAACCCAAGUCUACGCCGUCGGUUCCAGGAUCGAAGCCAGGGCUCUCACGUGGCAUGUCUGCUUCUUCGAUCCGACGCGGACCUUCGUCCGAGACAAGCGAGCGAUCAGAUACAGCUGCUCGCGAUCGAAGACUGAUGAACCGCAGCGUCGGGUCCACAGGAGCAGGCAGGCGCGGCAGUGCGGCGGACAUUCACAAUCUGCGCCCGAGCGAUCUGCCGACUUUGAACGAGCAGGGGACGCCCGCAGGGUCAGCAGCAUCGACGGACUCGCGUCCAUCCCAGCUGUCGAACGUCGGCAAGUAUCCCAGUGGAAGCAUGUUCGCGCCUCAAGUAGGGAUCCAUUCCGUGCUCAACUCGUCCAGGCCACCGAUGACCACUCCGCUAUCGAGUCUGGCAUCGCAGGCUCGAGAGGCCGAUGAGGAUAGUGCUGGGGCCCAAGAUGCUGCGGCGACGCAAGAUGUGACUCAGAAGAGCGACAGUGGCAAGCCGGCUGACAGCAGUCCCCAAGCAACGGAUGCUGGCAAGCCGACGGGCGAAACAUCUCAGCCAAGCAAACCUACCGGGCCUGGGUCGACAAAGUCAGCCGGAUCAGCUGCAGUCGGCGAAGGGGCCGCACCUGGCACAAACCCGGCACCUGCGAUCGCAUCAGGCAGCAACUCGACUACGGCCACGCCCAACGCGCGCACCGCUCCGAACGCCGCCCACCGCCUCGCGAACAAAGCCGCUCCCGCCUCAGCCACAGCAUCCCCCUCUGACCCGCGCAAGCCGUCCGCAGUGCCGCAAUCCGGCUUCAUGAUGGGCAUGGGCUUCACCUCGACCAAACGCCGCAACCAGGGCCCCAAGAAGGCGCCCGUCCGCGAAGCCGUCCUGCCACCCAUCAAGGUACUCAUCGUCGAAGACAACCCCAUCAACCAGCGCAUCCUGUCCAUGUUUAUGGGCAAGAAGAAGAUCAAGUACGACGUGGCCAACAACGGACGCGAGGCGGUGGAGAAGUGGAAGACGGGAGGAUAUCAUCUCAUUCUGAUGGACAUCCAGUUGCCUGUGAUGGAUGGAAUUGAGGCGACCAAGGAGAUCCGCAAGUUGGAGCGGUCCGCGAACAUCGGGAUUCUGCCGAACACGCCCGAGGCGGUCGCCGAGGGCGGGGGGAGCAGGACGGUGACAGCGAAGGGCGUGAAAGGGCAGGUGGCCUCACCGUCGACCAAACCCGCGAGCGGAAGCGGUGGACCCGGCGCAAAGGGUGCACUGGUCAACGGCGUCGGCGAAGCCAACCGCACCCGCCCCGCUUCCAGCGGAAGCAUCAACCCCUUCCGCGCCUCGGUCAUCAUCGUCGCCCUCACCGCCUCGGUCCUCUCGUCGGAUCGAGUCGAAGCCCUCGCCGCCGGAUGCAAUGACUUCCUCAACAAGCCCGUCUCGCUCCCCUGGCUCAACCAGAAGAUCCUCGAAUGGGGUUCCAUGAUGUACCUCAUGUACAGCGGCUUGAGUUCGGACGACAUCCAUUUGGGUGAUACGCACGCGACGGCCAACAGCGGGGCUGCGGGCGGCAGAGUCGAUCGCGCGCAGCUGCAUCUUGGGUUCGGAUACGGACCGGCCGAGAAGGCCAAGGCGCUGGCGAACAAUUUGCAUCUCGGAGAUACGUUGGCGGCUAAGAAGAAGAAGAGGGCCGAGGCGAAUCAGGCGCAGAGUGAGGCGAAUAAGGAACAGCGCGAGGCGAAUAUGGAGCAACGCGAGGCGAAUGUGGAGAAGAAGGAGGGGCAGCAAGAGCAGCAGAAGCAGGCGAAGGAGCAACCUUCCACUGCUAGCGAGGAGGCACCUGCUGAGAAGAGCGCAGAGGAAGUUGUGGGGAAGGAUAAGGAUGAGGACAAGGACGGGAACGAGAAAGACAAGCAUGAGGAGAAGGACGAGGCGGCCGGAUGA